AUGAUAAAGGAGGCUAUCAAGGAUACAACAUCAACAUCAUCAAUGGAUAAGAGUGAUGCAACUACAACAACAACAGACAAACCUAAAGCAACAGAAUCUGUUGUGGCUGUCACUGACAAAAUGGACAUUGACUCUACAUCUGUGACAGCAGAUGUGUCAUCUACAACCUCAACAACAACAACAACACCAACAACAUCUUCAUCUACAUCGACAUCAACAUCAGAUAAUAACAGUAGUAAUACAUUAACAGACACUAGCAAUAGCAAUAGUGGUGACAGUAGUAGCAAUGGUGGACAAGGUGACAAGCCUGUUGAACAAACACAACAAGUAGUUCAAUCCGUGAUGGAGGAUGGUCCAACAAAGCAGGACAAUAAGGAUGUUGUUGAUACACCAAACAACACAGAAAAAGAGGUUGAGACUGCGAGGAGCGAGACAAAGAAUGAGACAACGACUGUGAUGAAAGUCGACAGUGUUGAGAGUGACCACAGCAAGAAGAGUGAGGAUGUGAAGAAGCCUGCUGAGGAGGAGAAGAAGAAGGAUGACGAGUCAAUCGUUGAGAAAGAGCAAGAAAAAGGAAAGGAGAGUACAUCAAAGUUAGAGGACGGAGAGGUGGAGUCGGACAGCAAUACCAAAAAGGAGGAGUUACCAUCAUCCUCGACUAUUGUCGACAAGAACAAUGUAGAUAGUGAGACUCUGACCAAGAGUGUGGAUAUAAAGGAGAACAGUGGCGAUACUACAUCGACGACUACAAAGAAUGAUGAGCCACAUAAGACACCAUCAACAGAGACGUUAUUGUCAGCACCAGUACCAGUGCCAACAGAGGCAGCUCCAUCAGUAGCAAAGGAUGUAGAGAUGGAGUCGACCAAGACAGACAUUGAUAUGGUGGAUCAGGAGAAGCAAGAGUCAGUCGAUAAACAGGAACAUCCAUCCACCACUACAUCUACAUCAACGGAGCCUCCAGCAGCGCAUGUCUCAGCGCCACCAGCAGCAGAACAAGCACAAACAUCAUCCUCAUCAUCAUCAUCAACCUCAACAACAACAACAACAACACAGACACAGACACCAUCAGAUGUGGAACAACAGAGGAAGGCAAAUAUCGAUAUGAUUACCAAUCCAACAAGCGAUGAUUCAAUGAUCAUAUCAAGACAGGAUAGUGUAGCGCCAUCAACUACAACAACGACAACAACAUCAACUACAGAGACACCAACAUCAUCCACAGAAGCACAUACACAAACUACAUCCAACAUCAAUGACAUCAUCAACAAUAACAAUAACAACAACAAUAACAAUAAUAAUGUAGCAGUAGCAGUAGUAGAGGAAGAAUACAAGUUGGAUGAAGUCGAUCAGAAUAUGCUUGAUAGUGAGUGCGCGGCAUCAAAGAACAAGGCAGCGGCGAUGAGAGAACAGGAGUCGAACGAACAGGCAGAGCCAGGCGAGUAUGACGAGGAUGAGUUGGAGCGAGAGAGACUCAAACGAGAGUACAUCUCUGUUACAAAGUCAAGCUAUCACGCCAACAAAGAGGCCAACCUCGAGACUAAGAGGAGGAUCGAAUGUCUGAAUCAGAUGGAGCGCAUCGAGAAGGAGUUCUCCGAGCUGAAAGAGAGGUUCUUCAGUGACAAGCUGGCGCAGAUCAAGAAGGAGAUGGAGGAGAUCAAAGUUGGUGGAAAUCAAACAAUGCAACAUAAAAUGGAUGAGCUAAAGAGGAAGAAGGAGAGGAAGUUGCUGAUGGCAGAGUCUUGGAGGAAUUACCAACUUCAGAACAUACAACACUUGUUCGAGUCUGAGAAGCAACAGUUUGAGAGUGAAUAUGAUGAGGAGACAGGAUUACUUAAGGAUAGAAUGGUGAUUGCACUACAAGAGAAACAAAAGAGGAUAUCAGAGGAGAAGGAAUCAUUCAAACUGACGGAUGGAGAGUCUAGAAUUGCCUCGAGACCUAGAAGGAGGCAACUGGAGAAGCAGCCACAACCCAAAGUACAGAAGAAAUAUACUCCAUCAUCAAUCGUAUAUGCACUAAAGGAUAAUGAGAUCAAUGAUGACUUUAAUAUCAUAUCAAGGCGAUAG